GAUUGAUUCACCCCAGCAAACAAACAGUCCCGCUCCUCACAAUCCGCCCCCGCCCAAUUUCACAAAUUAGGAUUUAGGUGUGAUUGUAGCCAGCAGUUUGUUGAUCAACUGGCGGCAUAUGGUAAUGGGAGUAGUAUUUCCUAGUGCUGUUGCAGGGCUGGAUUUAUGAUUGGAGCUUGAUGUUGGGUUUGGUUGAUCUGGGCCGUUUGGAAAUACAGAUUGGGUUUUGAUAAUUUGAUGCCGCUUCAUGUUUAGGUAUAUGAUGCUGUACACUUCUUUCACUGAUUGGAUCAGCAGCUUUCUUGCUUGCAUGGGAGGUUGUUUUGGUUGCUGCACCAAAUCUCAGCCGAUCAUUGCUGUGGAUGAGCCAUCAAAGGGAUUGAGAAUUCAAGGUCGGCUAGUUAAGAAACCCAGCAUAUCUGAAGAUUUCUGGAGCACCAGCACAUGUGACCUGGAGAACAGUAUGGUUCAAUCUCAGAGAAGUAUGUCAUCCAUCAGUAUAUCAAAUCAGAGCCUCAGUCAACAAGGUGGCACUGGCAACAGUAUUAACCACUCAGAAUUUGUCAAUCAUGGCUAUCUUCGUUGGAACCAGGCAAGGCUUCAGUGGAUUGGAAGUAAAAAGUCAGAGACACAAAAACAAGUUGAGGAACCCAUCUUAAGUUGGAAUGCAAGUUACGAAAGCUUGCUGGGGACUAACAAGCGUUUUCCUCAGCCAAUUCCUCUCUCAGAAAUGGUUGAUUUUCUCGGGGAUAUUUGGGAGCAAGAAGGUUUAUAUGACUAAAGAGCCAUGAUGGAAGUGCACCUAGUUUAUUUCAGUAAAUGAGAAUUCGCUGUUUUCUUUGUUUCAUUACAUUUGGUGUAUAGUUUCCCUAAGGGGAGGAAAAGAGAGAGAGAAGGCAAGAAGAAGAGGAAGAGUGACAUUGGAACUGAGAAUUUUUAUGGGCUUUUUUAAUUUGGCUGAGUAGUUCUAGAUCUAUUCAAAAUAUAUAUAUGCUUCUCCUUGUAUACUACCUUUAUAGAUACAAAAUCACCAGUUAACUGUGUAUUUCUACAGGAUGCAUUUUGAGAUCUUGUAAAUAUAAUGCUAAUACUGCCUGUUACAUCUGACUGA